UCGCUGCUCCCUGUACACUUACAGGGUGAAACAUUAACUUCAUCUGUCUGUCCCAUCUCCUCAUUCCAAACUCUGCCUGGACAGCCAGCUUUAUGCAGCUCCUGCACCCCAACCCUGGAUCUAAUCCAGCAAGAGACACACAUUAAGGGAAUAAACCUGAUUUUGGAUUUUCUUCACAAACCUGGAUUUAUAUCAUGGGAUAUUUUACCUUUUUUUGGGAUUGACAUAAUAUCUGCUUUAUAAUGCAAUGGAAAAUGCAUAUCCCACAUAUUUGAAGAUUUGCUAUGGGUGUGACUGAUCUUCUUAUUCUGAUAUUAGUGUUGUUCGUUAAAGCGAGGAUUGUUGUGUCUGCCCCCAACCAGAAAAUCUGUGACAACAGAGUCCUGGACAAGUAUAUUGGUGACAUCAUGGAAGUGGAAAAGGCAAUGGAUUCCUGUAAUGCCAUUUGUGAAUUUCCAGAGGAUAUCAAUGUUCCUGAAACUAAACUGAAUCAAGCAGAGUGGACAAAACUACAUACGUCGGAGAAGGCAGCCGUGGUUUGGAGGGGGCUAAAGCUAUUUACGGAUGCUGUUCCGAAACUAAUGAAUCUCAUCUCAGAAUCCAAGUUAAAGCAACAAGUGGAGAAAUUCCUCAGCAUCUCUCGUAAUGUCAUAAAUGUAUUGAAGAGUCACAACCUACAGGUUGAAACAAACAUUCCAGACUCUAAGGAAAGGACUCGUUCUGUCAGCACUUUAAAACAAUUCUUUUCGGUUUACACAAAUUUCUUACGGGGGAAAUACAAGAAUCUCCUUAACACGGUCUGCAAAUUAUAAGCUGUAGAUUGUCCGGCUAAUCACCUCUCCCCCCGAUCACUCCAGUGACGCCGCCGUAUGGAAGGACUUUGUGGAAUUCAUUUUUUAUACAAUUUAUGAACACUUUUUACAAAAAUUUUAUGACUAUGGACUAAACUAUUUCAGAGAGUUUAUAUUUUA